GUCGACCAAUCACAAAGAGUUUCAAUUUUGAAUUUGUUCUCGGUGGGUGGAGAUUUUGCCUUGUCGCCAUAUUGUGUUCGGCUGUGUUUGCUGGAAGUGAAAAAUUCAUAAUUUUAGUGUAAAUUCUUUGCCUACACUGUUCGGAUUUAAAAAGCUAUAAGGCUAGAAGCGAGUAUGGGUGCUAAGCAGAGCAAGCGCUCGGUGGACAUAAGCGGCAAGGAGGCGGAGAGCGCGGGCGAGGUGGCUGCUGGCGCGGGUGGCGAAGGCCGCGUGGAACAGCUCGCCGACGCCGACGCACUCAAGCCGCAACUAAACGGCGACGCGCACAUCCACGAGACAUCGGAGAAAGAAAAAGAAUUAGACAGCGGCACACCAGAGAAUGAAAAGGAUGCCACCACGGAAAAGGAAGGAAAAGAGCAGGAAGAUGAGAAAGAAAAAGAAUCUCCGGUCAUAACGAAUGGUGAUAGCGAGCAGAAGCCAGAAAACGAAGAGUCCACGCCAUCACCAGAAGACGCCAAAAAACCCAAGAAGGAAAAGGUCAAGAAGAAAUGGUCACUGAGGUCGAUCAGUUUUAGUAGAAAGGACAAACCGAAACAGGAGAAAAAACAAAAGGAAGAAGAGCCCAAAACGAACGGAGAGCCGGAGAAAGUGCCCGAGGAGGUAGCUGAAACCAGUCCAGAAACGGAAACAAAUGGCGUGAUCCAAGAAGACAAAUCUGAAACCGAAACAAAAGAUGAGAAAACGCCUGAAACUCCAGUGACUGAACCCAUCACAAAUGGCAUCAGCACCCCUGAGACACCAAAAGAAGAAACUCUCGUCACAGAUGAACAGACUCAUGCUACUAAAGAUAAUGUAAGGACCGAAUCUCCAAAAGAUGAAGUUGAACCAGAACAAUUACCUAUUAAUGGACUCACAUUAGAAGAGCCAAAAAUUGAAAUUGCCGUACCUAUCGAAACCGUGGCAAGUAAAGUCGAGGAAACUAUUUUCGAAAAGCCUGAACCCGUCCCAGCUACUGAAAUUCCUGAUAAAAAUGAGGUUUGUGUUGAAAAAUCUCCUUUAAUAGAACCUUCGCCUCCACCACUCCCCGCAAAUCCUCCUCCCUCGUCAGUGGCUUCCUUUGCCGCUACCACUAUGGCACCAGAACUGACAGAUGCUCCUAUCGCUAAUACCGCAGAAAUUACUUCAAGCACUACACCCAUAGUAGACACCCCAGAAACUAACUCGAAAAUUAAAGUUGAACCUGUUUCUCCUGAUAUUCAACACACUCAACCCGUAGUUGAAACUGAACUCGUAACAAUAGUUGAAAACAAUGAACCAAAACCCAUCGAACCAACCGAAUCUGUCGCAGACGUUAUUACUAAGGAAUCACCUGUCUUUGUGACUAAUGACGUGACAGAGGUAAAAGCAACUGCUUCCAUUGAUAUUGCACAAGAAAAUAUUAUUCAGGAAAAUAAUGUUUCGAAUGAUAACGUAACUUUAAAUGCUGAUUUUGACUUUCAAAAUGGAGUCGAUUUUAAUAAUGACCGAAAAUCUCCCGAUACUAUUGACGACUUACCCGAACCGACUGUAGUAACCGAUGAUAAUAAUGAAAAUCAGAAAAAUACUACCAAUGACAGUGUGCAAUCUGAACCUAUCGAAAUAAACGCAGCACCCGAAAUUAAAACAACUGACUUAGAAAAUGGACUAACCGAAUCGCGCGAAGACCCCAAAGAUAGCAUGCAAAAUGAUGAUUCACAGGAUGAAAUAAAAAACAAAGCUAAACACUUAAAACAAAAAGCGGAAAUCAUUCAAUGUAACGGGCGAUUUGAAGACGAGAAAAUGAUGACGAACGGCGAUGCGACGCCAGUAAUCGACGAAGCUACAGAUUCUGUGCCAGUUGUAACGCCCGAGGACUCUAUGCCGCCCUCGCUGUCAGAGGCGAGCGGCGACGCGCCGAGUGGCUCGGAGAGCUUGCCUCCACCGCCCAGCGAGCUCGGCGACGCCGCGCCACAGGAAUUAAUCUCGGUUUCCGAUAAGAUGGCAGAGUUAAUCCCAGAAGUGCCAACUAUACCUGAAUUAAAAACUGAGCUGGAAACGACGACCGAUGUGGCAGUGGCCAAUUAAAUACACAGUGAGUUUGAUACUCUACAUAAUAGUCCUCGAGACAGAUGUCUGAAAAUGAGCCUUUAAUUUAUUUCCAUUUAGUACCACAAGGUGAUAUCGAACUAAGUUCGAUAUAGAAUUUCCGAUUACAAUUAUGUGGAUUUCAGUUUUAAAUGAGACCUUUGAUGUAGAAUGAGUAUAGUUUAAGUUUAGCGUGCUUUGCUUCUGUAAAAUUAAGGUUUUAUGUAUUUUAAAUUCGCUAGAACGAUCUUUAUAAUUAUAUACGAUAACAAAGUUAUAUAGGCAGUAUACGGUGCGAUAAGUUGGUGCCAUUAUUACAGGGGUUAUUAGUUAUGACGUCUGGUGUGUGACUAACUCCUUGAUUACUUAACAAAAUGCUAUUUUGCUCCUGUUUAAAAUGUAUUCCUUAAAAAAAUUGAAAGUAAAUUAGACUUCAUCUUUAGUGUUUCAAAUAUUCCAGAGGACCGCGUAAAGCCUAAAAAACAAAAGUAUUAAACCCUAAUAGAAUAGACCUGUAAUCUAGAUUGGAAACCCCUAUGGCAAGGGAUUGACUUUAAAAACAAUAUUAAUAAAAGAAUCGGUGAUCAUUUAAAAUUGCUGAUGUAAAGUUUGUGUUUAUAUAUUAUUUGUUGUAUGAUAUUAUUAAUUAUACAUGGGUGUUUGAUUGUGUUGCAGCUUUUAAAACAUGAAAAGUUUGAAAUAUUGAUCCCAAUUUUGAUCUUAUAAUGCAUUGAAAAAAUAUAUUAUAGUUUUAAUAAUGAGACACUAUUAUGUAUAUAUGAAUAAUUACGUUUUCAUAAAUCUUAUUUUUCACAAAUUCUUUUGUCAAUUUGGAAUAUAAAUUGCAUUUGUAUAUUGUUAUAAGUGAGACACAACAAAUGAAUUUCAUUUAAUUGUCUAAGUACCUAUAUUUUAUGGACUUAUGUUAUUAUUUUGCUCCCUGUAAUUAUAAGUUGUAUAAAUUUAGUUUUUUUUUGUGCUCUCUUGUAAUGCAAACAUAUGAGGAAAUUUACUGGAAAAUUAUAAGUCGCCGCUACGCCUAGUGGUAUAUUUUAGGUCUAGGCUGGGCGAUUCAUCUAUUAGAUUGUGUUGUUUCGUUCAGAUAUUUACGAGUGGUAUUUACUAAAUUGGACUUAAUAAUAUUCAGUGGCCAAGUUUUUGAUUAAUCUAUACAAUUUUUAUGCAUAUACAAACUACAAUCAAUUAUAUAUACGAUUUAGAUGUGUAGUAUUUGUAACAAGUUAGUAAAAGCAGUAGUUAUUGCUGCUAAUUAGUAUAUUAUAUUUGUUUCCACCUCAUACAUACAAUUAUUAGACAUUAUCUACGUAAGGUUUGAUAUAACUAUACAAUUAUUGUCGUUUUCUAUAGUUGUGUCUGGUAAAAUUAUUUCCUAACCUAUUUUGUAAUUUUAUACAUUUUUUAUGAAAUUUGAAGUGACACAUCUGCAUGAAUGGAGAAGAGAAUAUCUCCCCAGUAUAUCAGCAGUAAACACGAGUGAGACAUUCCAUAUCAAAUGCCUUAAGUCUGAUAGAGAUAUUCCAAAUAAGUACCUCUAGAAUAUUAAAACUGGUGAUAAUAUCUCGAGUGUAUUUUUAAUUUGAAUCCAAACCCUUUAGGAUAUACUGUAGUUUUUUUGUAUCAUUUAAUUGUCUAAAAUGUAUCUACUAAAACUUAAAAAUAAUAUUGACGAGAUAAAAACAUAGUACUAAAAUUGUAUUUGUCUUUAGAAAGAAACGCUAUAAUCUUGCAUAUUGCGUGGAACACAUUAUAUCCUAAACUAUGUCCACAUAAGUUAGAGUCUCCGGACUUCCCGAUAAUUUUUCGCCAAUUAAAGUGAUGUACUUUAGAAAGUCAAAUUAACUAACACUUAAAUGUAAUGUCUAGGUUUUAGAACUGAUGUUGACGCUCAAAAUUAUUUUAAAUUAUUAUAAGUAAACAAUCUGCACAAAGUCCAAUAAACAUUCGCUCUGUACUAUUUUUUCAAAUUCCAAUAAAAAUAUUGUGCAGAAGUGCCAAUUCGAAAUAUUUUUUUUAAUUAUAUAAUUCGAUUGAAUAUCAUUUAGUAUUUUGACUGCUCAUGUAAUUUUUAAUAUAAUGUAUAAUGAGAGUUGAAAAAAUGUAUGUGAUUGAACAUUUGUAUACUUAUUAUGUUCAAUUUACCGGAAUUCGAUGUUGAUGUGUGAAUGUCUCUUAUCAAUAAAUUUUAAAACAAUA